GAAUCCCUCUCGCUCAACCAAACUGUUAAAAAUAAAAAUAAUCCUGCCGCGCUGCUUUGCUCUGGUGGUUUUCUCCCAAAUUUCUAUACUUGCGGGAGGCUGCAGCCGGGAUCAACGCUCACAGGACACAUGCCGAAGAGAACCACGCAUACGUAUUCCAGCGAGGAUGCUUUGCCUGAUGGUCCUGACUCCGAUCUAUUCGUUUACUACUGCAAGCAUUGCGGCGCCCAUGUCCUCAUCACCGAUACACAAUUGCAGAAAAUGCCCAAGAGAAAAACAGACAAAUCGUAUGUUUUGGAUAGAAAGAAACAUCUAGCACGACUGAACACUAGCGAAGCGGGAAAGGUUCUCUUAAAGCGUGGUGAAGGAAAAUUCGAGAGGCAGUAUCGAAUGAAUUGUGUUGGUUGUGAGCUUUUAGUUUGCUACCGUGCCGAAGAGGAGUUGGAAUCUUCUUCUUUGAUCUAUGUUGUUGAUGGUGCACUCAGUACAAUUGCUGCCGAAACAAAUCCACAGGAUGCGCCUGUUCCACCUUGCAUAUCACAAUUGGAGGGUGGCCUUGUUCAAGUGGCCAUAGAAGUGGAAGACCGUGCACAACGAUCGGCAAUUAUAAGAGUAAAUGCUGAUGAUGUUCGAGUUACUGUAGCUGCACCUGCUGCACGAGGAGAAGCUAACAAUGAACUUUUAGAAUUUAUGGGAAAAGUCUUGGGUCUGAAGUUGAGCCAGAUGACUCUCCAAAGAGGAUGGAAUAACAAAUCCAAGCUCCUCGUUGUGGAGGACAUGACAGCGAGACAGGUGUACGAGAAGCUGCUGGAAGCAGCACAACCUUGAGCUGGCAUGGCAUACGGCGAUGAUGAUAUACAUACAUACAUACAUACAUACAUUUGCUUGGGACCUUAAUGUGCUGUGGCAAUCAAUAUUGGUUUAUUUGAUUUCAUAAUUCCAGGGCACAAACAACCACCAGCUAAGAUUUAGUUUGAGAUGCAUGCAUGCAUCACCCCCACCGCCAUCCUAGCCUAGCUGACUGUCUGACAGUAUUAUCCUUCUUAUCCUGUUUCCUUGGAUUUUGGAUGUUGAUCUUGAUUUUGGUCUUGUCUUGUGUGGUGUGAUUUCUCUAUUGGAAUAGACGAUGGAUGGGGCAUAUAUGUUAAUCGAGAUUGGUACGUGGUGUGCUUGGAAACCACAAAUUAGUAUUGUAUUUGUAUUGUUUCGGAGUUGAAGACGUUUUUUGA